GAGUCACAGAAACGUUUGAACAACGUGAGUUGUGUGAGUCGUUUUCUCAUCAGUUGUCUGUUCCAGUAAAGUCAUCACAAGUGAGAAAAUAAUAUCAGACUUCAUCUCAACACGGAUAAGACUACAAUAAAGUCACAGUUCGGAUCAUGGCUCUCAAUAAGUCCAUGCACCCCCGGAACCGCUACAAAGACAAGCCGCCGGACUUUUCUUACCUGGCCGCCAAGUAUCCAGACUUUCAGCAGCACGUGCACACCAGCCUCGCGGGAAGACCUGUAGUGAAUUUCAAAGAGCCGGAGGCGGUGCGAGCGCUGACCUGCACCCUGCUGAAGGAGGACUUCGGUUUAACCAUCGAGAUCCCUCUGGAGCGUCUCAUCCCCACCGUCCCCCUCCGCCUCAACUACAUCCACUGGGUGGAGGACCUCAUCGACGGCCAGAAGCAGCUACGCAGAGGCAUCGACAUAGGCACUGGUGCGUCCUGUAUCUACCCCUUACUGGGAGCCACCAUGAACGGCUGGUACUUUCUGGCCACAGAGGUGGACGACAUCUGUUUUGACUAUGCUACAAAAAACGUGGAGCAGAACAAGAUGUCUGACCUGAUUAAAGUUGUCAAAGUCCCUCAGAAGACUUUACUGAUGGACGCAUUGAAAGAAGAGACAGAAAUCGUGUACGACUUCUGCAUGUGCAACCCGCCUUUUUUUGCCAACCAGCUUGAAGCAAAGGGGGUAAACUCCAGGAACUCCCGGCGACCUCCUCCAAGCUCGGUCAACACGGGCGGGGUGACGGAGAUCAUGGCGGAGGGCGGGGAGCUGGAGUUCGUCAAGAGGAUCAUUCAUGACAGCCUGCAGCUCAAGAAACGCUUGCGGUGGUACAGCUGCAUGUUGGGGAAAAAAUGUAGCCUGACACCUUUGAAAGAGGAGCUGAGGAAGCAAGGGGUACCUAAAGUCACACACACAGAGUUCUGCCAGGGAAGGACGAUGCGUUGGGCGCUAGCCUGGAGUUUCUAUGAUGAUGUCACUGUUCCGUCCCCUCCCAGUAAAAAGCGGAAACUGGAGAAGGUGCGGAAGCCCCUGUCGUUCACUCUGCCAGAGGCAGGACUGAAGGAGCUCCAGGCCAAAGCUUCAGCUUUAGGCGGUUCAGCCCGCGGCCCUGUGGACAGUGUCACCGCUCUGCUGGAGAAAACACUCUCUGAGCUGCGGGUGCUACACAAGCAUGCCCCAUGCAGCAAGCAGGAGCGGAGCCUCUUUCUAACAGCUGUGGAGAACACCUGGAUCCACGGACGACAGAAGCGGCGUGAAGGGGCGCGCCACUUGCGAGAGCUUCCCAGGGCGCCUCACUGUGCUGGAACCAGCUCCUCUCAAACCACUCCAACCACAGCCGCACCUGCCACAACCCCGGCAUCUCAAACCCAGCCCGCCUCCACAGAGAACAGCAACACCCGGGGUGACAUCGCUGAAAACAAAACUCCGUCUGCACAGGAGCCAGCCAGUGAGCAGCAGCCGGCAGAGCAGACUGAAAAUGUAGCCUCUUCAAACGAGACGAGUAAAGAUGUCACGCAAAAUCCAACUUCAGACCGGAAAGAGGUCUUAGAAAAUGUGUCAAGUGAAGAUGUGGACAUGGAGUCUUCCACCUGCACAGACGCAGGGCAGGAAACGGGUCCACAGGAAGCACCUGUUGCAGCGAGUGGGCCUCCGUCUAAGCGACCCCUGAGCCCCGCUGCAGUCGAACAUUUCCUGUUUAAGUGUCUGCUAAAUGUGAUGCUGGAGGAGAGCGACGUGGUGAUUGAGAUGCACUGGGUCGAGGGUCAGAGUAAAGACCUGAUGAACCAACUGUGCACAUACCUGAAAAACACACUUUUAAGGUGCGUCGCAAAGCCUUAAAUGAUCAGAAAUGAUGUUUUUAGAUUUGAUUAUUGGAUUCACUGUGACUUCUGGAGGCUUAUUUCAGUAAAUAAUCAGGGGUUCACAUCAGCUUACCUUUUAAGGUAGUAUAUACUGUAUCGCAGCGUUUUGUGUUCAAAUUUGUCAAAACAUUUGAAAUAAAUGUACAGUUUUAUAACAUGUUUUCUACUUUAUGUUGCAUCUUUUCUACCACAGAUUACAGUGGGGGACCGACUCAUAUAUGAUGCUUAAAAUAAUUUGACGUGGUCUAUUUUUUUACACUUCUAAUUUGAAUAAACUUUUAGAAUAUUACCACACAAAACAAAAUAUCAAGAGAAAGUGUUUCACUCUUGGUGCAUACAUAGGCUAAAUAAACUAUGACAAACUUUACGUUGACGUGUCAUUAAAUACAUCUCAUCUAAAAAACUUACUUUAUGCAAAGACAACCAUUUUGGGCGUUUUCUUUAAAAACAUGCAGUGCAUUCACAUGGCCACAAGAGGGCAGUAGGCGUUCCUUUUACAAGGGAUUUAAAUCCUGUCAUGGUUAUUUUUAAUAAAGAUACAACUGUUUUAUUAGACAUCAUCUUUGUGUAUAUACCUUUUGAAAGUUGAUCCCAUUGUUUCAUGACAGCUUUGUCUUAAAUGUAUACGCAGCCUGUUUAAUUCAGGAUGUUCCUGGAGGCCCUCGGUCCUUCCUGUGCCUGGAGAGCCUUUUAGUAUUGUGGUACACUAUUAUAACUCUGUUGCAGGCGACAAACUUCCUGACCAGAGCUGAGUGAAUAACAGGAAGAGAUACCUAAAUAUCCAGGGCCAUGUGUAUGUACGUGCACAUUCACUGUGUGUUGCAAGCAAAAAAAAAAACAACUAGUUCCUACUUGAACUGCUUGUCCCUCAGAUAUAUCAGGACUUUGACUUCAGCCGCCUCUGUUUGUGUGAGAAUCAAUAGUCUGGCUGUUUCUGGGCCAUUUUGGACUGAUGUAAUAAGAGUAAUUACAUAAAUAAAUCAAACAGAG